AUGGGUGCCUCACGGGUGUGGAAGAAAAAGAUACUACGGUUUACUGUCGUUCUCUGCUUGGUGGGCGCUUUUGCGUUUUUCCUCUGGCCUCAGAUUGAACCCCAGGAGCUUGCUGCCGAGCCCGUCUCGAAUAUCACAAUCACGCCCGAUGUGCAAUGCGAGCCGGACUUCGACGCUCUUCGCCGUCUCGAUGUCCAUAAAUUGUCAGGAUAUACGCGCCGGGAGGUGAUUGCCGUUCCAUCCUCCAACAAUGCCCUACCCAUCAGGCAAAAUCUCCAGACGCCCUUGUUCGAGCGGAAAUCGUCGAAUGACGCCGAUCGCCUCUCGAUUCCGCAAUCGCAGGACGAUUGCAUGAUCCCAGAGCCUGUGACUGUCCAGGUUCUCCAGCCUCCAAGAAAUGUGGAUGCAUCACAUAUCGACUUCGGUGUCGCGACCACCCUGGGGCGGCUGAAUGAGUCUUUGGAUGCGUUCUCUCACUGGGCUGGCUACACCAAAACUCGCAUCUUCGCUCUCAUUGAGCCUGAUAUGGAUAAGCGGACACAUGAGGUCCAGGCUAAGGCGGACUCUCUCGGGAUCAAUUUGUAUAUUACGGAAAACGAUGAAGAGUACCAACGCCGGUACUUCACGUUGGUUUCGCACUUGGGCAAGCACAUGCGGCCACAGACGCGAUGGUCCUGCGUCAUUGAUGAUGAUACGUUUUUCCUGUCCAUGGCUGAACUGGUGAAGGCUCUUGAGGAAUAUGAUGAUACCCAGCCUACAUAUGUCGGCGGUCUCUCGGAGUCGAUCCCACAGAUCGGUGUGUUCGGUUUGAUGGGAUUUGGAGGCGCAGGCGUCUUCCUCUCUCGACCCCUCGUGGAGGAAAUUAGCAAGCCCGAAGUCUUUGAAGCCUGUCUGAAUACGGACCACACCGGUGACCGGAGGAUAUCUUUGUGCAUUUACCAGCACACCUACACGCACCUGACCAUCAACCACCGUCUGCACCAACUUGACGUCCAGGGUGACGUUUCAGGAUUUUUUGAGUCAGGACGGCAACCACCUCUUUCUGUACAUCAUUGGAAGUCGUGGUUCCAUAUGGAUAUGGCCAAACUCAGUGUCGUCAGCGAGCUCUGUGGCGAUAGUUGUCUUUUGCGGCAAUGGAAAUUCGCCGACGGGUGGAUCUUGACGAAUGGCUUCUCGGUCAUGAAGUACAGCCAGGAGCUUGACCCGAACGACAAGACCAUGGAACUUACAUGGGAAGGCCAAAACGGAGCAGUACACGAGUCGUUCCUGCACGAGUUUGGUCCUUUGCGUGGCAAGGACUGGGAUAAGUUCAGCUAUGUGCUGGAAGACUCUGUGCUCGACGGCAACCAAGUACGGCAAUGGUACGUCCAUCGCGAUCCUGAGAAGGGCGACCAAAUUUUAGAAUUGAUCUGGCGAGCUCAAUAG